AUGCGACCGUCAGCAGUUUUAUCGGCUCUUGCCCUUUCGACUUCCUUGGUCGCUGCCCAAAACCAGCAGAGCACAAUCAACUUCUCGACCAUCGAGAUCUUUAACGAUCUAAAGAGAUGCCUGAAGGCCGUUUUCAUUUAUGAUUAUGGUAUCAACAAUGGCCCUGUUCAAAAGCAAAUCGGCUGUGAAACCAAUGAUUGUAUCUGCCGUGCCGAUACUCUUCAGGAUGCCAUCUCUACCGCUGGCCUCCUAGCCCAGUCCGCCUGCAGCAACAGUGGCGACAGACUCACUGCUACUUCGAUCCUCUCACAAUAUUGCAUCGACAAGGGAAUAACGGCUGGUGCACCGGCACCAACAAAUAACGCAGGUGCGCCAGUCACUGUUUUUGCUACCACCACUGUCGCUCUGACCACUGUAACGGCGACGGUUACUGUUUCCUCUGCUUCCGAGCUUUAUCCCAUAGCCGGAGUGAGGAACAUAUCGACUCCAGUAUCUGCACCUAGUACUCCGACACCAGUUACGGAAACGAGAGAUGUGGUCUCGACGAUUUCUGGCUCUCUUACAACCAUUUAUUCCACGGUAACCACGAUUCCAGGUCAAACCUCCAUACCUCAAUCCUCCAAUAAUGGAUCAAGUGGCAAUUCAAAUAUCGGCGCGAUAGCAGGGGGCGUAGUUGGUGGAUUAGUAGUUCUCGGUGCUAUCUUAGGUUUUUUCAUUUGGUUUAUGCGGAGGAAGCGUAAUAAUUCUUACUCAGCGACCGAACAAGGUGCCCCUCCCAGUUACGAAAAAGACCUUCAACUGAACCAAUUGGGUGACUGCCUUUUCCAAACCAAAAUUUUUAGCCAUUCGCCCUCUUCGCCUUCGAGACGGAUUAACCAGCUAAUAACAUCCCCACGUCUCAAACCAAGAAGACAUCGACAAUAUUUGGUCAAGUACGUCGCCUCUGGGCCAGCCAACAGAACGGAGGCAGACCCUACUAUCAAUACUGUAGUACCUCCAAAUUCCCGUUAUAUCAGUCCCAAUGGUCUCCGAAUGUCCAUCGAAUAUCUCCGUUCCGAUCCCACAGCAUGCCUCCUCCUGCUGCCGUUCCUGCUUCCGCCCAGGACAAGGGUAUUCCUUCGCGGGUUGCUCAGGAAUAAUACAUUACAAAACCAAUCGUUAUCAUCGAGAACGGUAGAACGGCAGCUAUGGACAGUAUCAAAAAGUUCGCCGUGUCUUGGAACUGCCAGCUCGGACUCUGGACGGCGGAAACGGGGCUCUGGUAUUCAACAACGGCGGGAACAUGGAUUGAAAAAACUUCCUCAGAUUUUUGCACGACAAUACUCAGAGAGGGGAGGAUGGAGGUCUGUCCGUUCCUCUUCGAACAAAAAAUCGGACACCAAAACAAAAGAACAACCUGCCGAUGGAUUUUCCAUGCUCGAAAACGCGGUUAAAGCAAGAUCUCAUAGGACCAACAUUAUCAAAAGGAAAAAGCAGCAAGAUGCUGUGUUCCACCAAAUGGCAGAUGAUAACGAUAAGUACUAUGCAGGAAGGGAGAAGAUGGAGGAAGAAAUCGAACAAAUCAGAGACAACUUGGAAAAGUUUUGGAACGUACGACCUGGUCGUUAUAAUCGCUCCGAGGACAACGAGGACUUCUUCUGGCUGUUGGAGCAAAAAUAUCCUAUUGGAAGCCCUUCGACCCCACAGCAGCUUUUCGAUCUUCCAGGCGUAAAAGCUGCAUUCCCGCCGCGUCAACCACCGAAUAUCUCAACGACGAAAGGUGACGAACCUGCGGGUGGACAGGAUGAAGUCAAAAAAUCCAACAUUCAGCCGGUACCUGAUGGCGCCCCAGAUGAAUUUCAGACAAAGAGCGGAUCCGUAUCUUUUCGAAUGAACUCGCUUGACGAAUUCGUCGUUUUCGCCCCACCGUUUAGUUCGCAGGCAGAAAAGGAAGACUAUUAUGCCUUAUACCUCGACAAGUUCCUCCCACCUCAUCUACAGGGUGAAAACACGCAUCCGAGCCCUCCAGUCAAAUCCAAUUCAACUCCCUCACUAGCCACCGAUCUCGUCGACUCCACUUAUCCAUCAGUUUUUGGAUCUUUAGGAGAAUCAAGUGCACCUAUCCACCAGCGAGAAGAUCAUUUAGAAUCUAUAUUGCAAGAUCUAGAGGUAGAGUGGGAUGCUCGAUGGACACAGACAUCCUUUAAUAGGCUUCUAUAUACUCUUGAAAUCGCUCGUGAAGACGGCGUUGACGUUCUCAACUCACUUUUGCUAAAGAGAAGACAAAGGGAAGUGAUUUGGGUAGCUAAAAAGAUAGUUGAUACGAUGCCCGGAAUUGCCAACUUGAAUCUCAAUGUCUGGCGGCUUGUCAAUGCUGUUGGUGAUCAGGACAACCGUAAAAAGCCCGGCAUAGACAACACUCUGCAGGACGGUAUGGUUAUGUACACAAGAGAGGAGCUAGCAGAUAUCGCUCGGCGAAGACGUGGUGUAGGUGUACUUCUCAGCAGCCUUACGUCUAUGCUACUGAGUGGCUGGAGAGCAGAAAAGGCCAAAGCCGAUAAUACUGCUUUCAACGCAAUUACCAUGAUUGAUACGCCACCUAUCCUCGAUCUUUUAGAUGGGCCAUCGUCUCAUUCUUCACUUCUUGUAUCCCCUCUCGGGGGUAUUCUCAAUGAAGUUCCAGAGGGCGACGAAAUGCAAAUGACCGCUCAAGAAUUAUUUUCCACAGUUGCACAACUUCUCGCUUAUCUUCAUGUGGAAAACCAUGUACCUCCUAUUGUCUACUCUGAAAAGCACCCAAGGCUCCAUGCGAAGCAGGCUGAAAUCAUACGACUGAUGACGGCCGAAAUAGAAGCAGCGUAUGGACGGGAGCUGGGCUUGAAUAUACCGCAGCCGAACCGAGCCGAAGAGAGGAUAGAUUGGAGUCUAUGGAUCGAAUUGGUCAAUUGCAUCGCUGCUGAACGAGGGCUUGGGGUUAGUGCGACAUGGCUGCUACUCCAACACCGGGAUGAGAUAUCAUGGGAAGGAGCUAGCCCUCGUGGGCCAUCAAACGAUUUCAAGAAUCCCGACUUGACCCAAAUGUCCUUCGAAAUCCCCCCGGAAAUAUCAACUACAAAGAAGCUUGUUCUUCCUUCCUAUCUAAUCCCUCAAGCUACAUCCACCUGCCUCCAUAACGCCGCACUUGAUGCUUGGCCACCAGAGACCCCCGGUCGUAUGAUACGGCUUCUCACCAAGGUCGCUGAAAACACCGGGCCUUUCGAUGUAACCUUUGCUCGUGCGCUCCUCGACCAUCCUGAAGUCAACAUAUUUGCAUCUUAUGCAGAAGAUAUACUCAAAAUCCCAAUAGAUGGCAAAUGGACCUUGGAUAUCCACUAUCAAAUCCUCAUGGGCGCUUGUAUUCGCCGUGAUCUUUCACGCACGAUUAAGGCAUGGGCAGAUAUCGAAAACUGCAUGCACGGUUCAUCUCCAAUCCUCGAACUCCAGAUCGACAGUGAUACCGAACUCCCAGCCGUCGAAUUCGCACCAUACGGGACGUUCGCGCAUCCUCUAUAUGUCAUCAUUGCCAUGAUCAGCCACUGUCGAAGCCGUAGAAAAUUUGGUCUACUACGAUAUAUUCUCAAAACUGCGGUUCAAGAAGAGCACAUUCGCAACAACGGUAGCUUGUUGAAUUUGAUGUUUCAGCAUGCCGGUGAUACUAAAGAUUUUGCGUUUGCGAAGUACUGCCUAGGCCUCCUCGCGCCACCGUUGGCUCACCGGACGAUUACCUCAGUCUUGAAUAUGCAUUUGUCUCUGGGGCAGCAAAAAGAAGCGCAGGCUAUCCUGGACUUUAUGAAGAGAAGCGGCAUUGAACCUGAUCAUGUGGAUCUUGGCAUUGUUGCAAGGAAUACAUUCAAACAAAGCCACGAAGAAGGAUAUGCACUAAUGGACAGAGCCGUUUCGAGAGCCGAUGAGUAUAAGAAGAAGGUUCUGGCUACAGUGACAACAGAAAAACCUUUCAGGGAUGGCGUGUUUCUACCAGUUAAGAAUAAAAUUUCUGAUCCUAUCGGACCGGCUGCAUGGUUUGCGACAUUGGUAGCUGCGGUAAGAGGCAAUAAUAAAGAGAAGGCAUCGGAGGCGCUAAAGGCUUUGGGAAUCGAUUUUGCGGACCCCAGAGCUGCGUCUAAGAUGGGUGUCAGAGUAUUCAAUACUUUGCUCACUGGGGUAUGCCGUCGGGAGGGAUCUGUACAGGGCAUGAGAAUGUUCAAAUUAUACUGCCUGCCAAACAAGCAAUUGUUAAAGAUGAUGGACGAAUCAAUCAAGUCGCACCGCAGCGGAGAUAGACGCAUUGACGACGAGCAAGACCAAGUCGGUAGUAGAGUUGGGCCUGGGAUCAUGGAGAAUAGAGGUCCGCAGUGGGACUCAAAUAACCCCAAGGUGGAAGAAAAGAAGAGAGAACUGGAGGGUGUGGUGGUACCUGACAUAAUAACAAUAAGAAUUAUUGUUCAUCAAGCACUCAGGGAGAAGAGAGACUACUACACCACUAAAAAGAUUCUAGAAAACCUUCCGAUGUCGGAUAGCGACAGAGCAUGGAUGAGAAAUGACGCAUACUUCGAGACGAAUUGGAGUCAUGUCAUCAACUGGGCGAAAGGGGUGUGGAGUUUGAUGCAGUAUGGGAAGCAUGAGUGGCAGGAUAUGAUGCAGGCAAAGAUCUUGGGUAAACGAUCACAGGUCCAUGAUGGCGGGUUGCGGGAGAGAGAGUUGUUAGAAAUGCUUGCAAAGCAGGCUGCUGAAAAAGAAAGCAUAAAGACCACUGAUACCGGGAUUGUUGGCGAGAGUGAAAGGAAGAAUAGUGAAGACGAUAACGACGAUGAUCUAUUGAAGGAUUAUGACCUACCACCGGAGUUGACUAUGGAUGAUUGGGAGAAACCCAAGAGGUCUAGAUAA